CGCAAAUCGAAGAGAACAAGUUGAAACGCCAUCCAUACAUCUCGUAGCAUUUAUGGAGCCACAAUCUUGACUAUUUAAAGAUUGGGCGUUCACUUUCUUCACUGUGCGUGACGACGAACGUAAAAAAAAAAAAAAAAAAAAAAAGAUGACGAAAGGGGCGUGGAUCAAACGUGAAGACUGUUUCCUUGGGAGGAAUCUACAACAACAUAUACGAACCAAACGACGGGAUUGUGGACUUUUUCUACCUUGGAGGAGCUCAAACAGUUGCUCAUUCAACUGUUUCCCCAGAAGAAGUGACAGGAAGUUGAGAAAGAGGUAACCUGAAGUCACAACCACUCAUUAUGUCAGGUUACACCAACCAGGUGCCCUACCCAAUGACUCAUCAAGGGGGCCAAUCGGUGGCCCCCUAUCCUACAUUUCAGGGCGGGUAUGGGGCCCCCGCUCCAACCCCAGGUUUCAACAUUGACUACACCCAAGGUCCACCACCUGUUAUGUUUCAACCGGGACCAAUGGGCGGCUCCCCUGGGGCCAUCAGCCCUGCGCCAGCCCCAGUUCCCGUGGUACCUGUUGGGGUUCCUCCCGGACUCGAAUACCUCACUCAGAUUGACCAGAUUCUGAUCCACCAGAAAGUGGAACUUCUGGAAGCGUUCAUCGGCUUCGAGACCAACAACCAGUAUGAGAUCAAGAACAGCCUUGGUCAGAAGAUCUACAAAGCUAAGGAGAAGAACGAUUGCUGCACGCGCAACUGCUGCGGCUCGCUGCGCAGCUUUGACAUGAAGAUUAAGGACAACAGUGACCGCGAGGUCAUCCGCCUCAUCAGGCCCUUCCGCUGCGUUUCGUGCUGGUGUCCGUGCUGCCUGCAAGAGAUGGAGGUGCAGGCGCCGCCGGGUACCACCGUGGGCUUCGUCAAGCAGGACUGGCACCCGUUCAUUCCACGCUUCUCCAUCCAGGGGCCCAACAAGGAGACCCUGAUGAAGCUGGAGGGGCCCUGUUUCGCCUGCAACUGCUGCGGGGAUGUCAACUUUGAGCUGACGGGCAAAGAUAGCAGUCAGCCCAUCGGUCGCAUCAGCAAGCAGUGGAGCGGCCUCUUGAAGGAAGUCUUCACCGACACGGACAACUUUGGCAUCCAGUUCCCUUUGGAUCUGGACGUGAAAAUGAAAGCCGUCCUCCUGGGGACCUGCUUCCUCAUUGAUUUCAUGUUCUUUGAGAAAGUGGGCGAGGCCAACCAGCGCAGCACCGUCUUCUCUUAAAACAGCAAAUGAAUAGUUAAGAAUUUUGGGAAUUUCCGUCCGACCGUCACUUAUCACUCCAAUAGGAAGUUACACUUUGUGUAUCCUGGGUCGUAUAGUACUGCAUUGUUUAAACACAAUAUGCCACAUGGCAAAAAAAAAAACUUACGAGAGCAAAAAAAAAAAAAAAAAAAAAAAAAAAAAAGAAAAAAGUGAUUUGAACUGACUUUAUGUCAAGACGUCCAACAGCGGGCAUUGUAGUGGCGUGUCACGUCCAGGCUGUGUGAUGAGGCUCAGUCCGAAUAUGUGCAAAUUGUAAAUAAUGCGAUUUCCAUGCAAUUUUUCCCCCACUGAAGCCGUGCCAGUCAUCCCGCAAAAUUCAAUCAUUCUCCUUGGAUAAUGUGCCAGGCUCCUACUCACGUGCCUGAUUAUUUAAUCACUCCGAGAAUUGUCGGCAGAUAUUGACACUACCUCUCAUCCAAUAGUCACUUUUCUACUUAUCUGUUUGAAACAUUUCUGACAUUUUUUUAAUCAAUAUGAAUGUAAAAAUAGAAGCACUGUGUGUUAAUAUACCCAUGCCACUGCUA